GUUUAAUUAAGCUGGUGAUAAGCAUUUACAACUCACGACAUUUCGAACAGGAAGGGUGUCCGAGUGGUUAUGGAGCUAGGUUUAGGUUGACACAGCAACUCCCUAGUGCGAAAGCUCGCGGGUUCGAGUCCCGCCCCUUUCAUCAUAUUUUUCUAUUUUUCAGGUUCUUUGUUUUAAGACAAUAAGUGCCUUUUAUUUUGCACAUUACAUAUAAACAUAAACAAAAUCAGAAGAAUCGAGCCAGGCUUGAAAACAGACUGAUGCUCCCCUUUAUUUUACAAGGUUUUUUCACUUUUCAAUUAUUUAUCCAAUGCACCUCACUAUAUGUACCUCAACAACAGAUACUUGAUGUCUCAGACUGUUCUAAUUCAAGCAUCCGUCCCCUUGAACUUGGUCAGUUAAACAUUCUUCAUACUACAGACAUUCAUGGUUGGCUUGCUGGACACAGGAAUGACCCACGUUACGACGCUGACUUUGGUGACUUUCUCUCAUUCGUAAAGCAUGUUAGAGAGAUCGCUGAACAACAAGGGGUUGAUUUAUUGCUUGUCGACACUGGCGAUCUUCAUGAUGGAACAGGUCUUUCAGAUUUGUCUAAUCCUCCUGGCUCAUUGACCAACAAAUUAUUCUCUUCGGUACCAUACGAUCUUCUUGUUGCUGGAAAUCAUGAGCUUUACGUACCUAAAGUUGCCUUGGACACAUAUCUUAAUUUUGUACCACUGUGGCAAGGUCGCUAUUUAGCAUCUAAUGUUCAGGUGUGGAACGAAACUCUAUCUACCUAUGUGCCGUUUGGAGAACGCUUCUACUUCUUUCAAACCAAGCACUCUCUCAACGUACUCGCACUCGGUUUUGUUCAACCUUUCUCCGGCGUUGCUGAGAACAUUCGUGUACAGAGUAUGUUUGAUGUCUUCCAAGAAAGUUGGUGGCAUGAAAUCGAGAACAUAAAGAAUGUAGAUGUUAUUAUUCUUUUGCUCCACAUACCUGUAAGACAAUCUCUUGAUACAAAGCUUCUUCAUGCUCAUUUGCGCCAAAUUUUUCCUCACGUUCCUAUUCAGAUACUUGGCGGUCAUUCUCAUGUUCGUGAUUUUACAAUAUACGACUCUUCUUCCACUGCCCUUCAGUCCGGUCGCUAUUGUGAAACAUUGGGGUGGAUGACUCUGGACGGGCUAAAUGGCACAACAGCUGCUAAACGUUUCGCUGGUAGGCCUAUUUCCCUUGAUGCUCCCCGCGAAAGCCUUCCUGGCUUACCUGAUCCAAAUAAUGGCGUUACGUUUUUCCGAAAAUACAUUGACUGGAGCCGGCAGGGCUUCGAGUGGCAUAUAAAUGCCCUCCGAGUUGACUCAGAUGUUGGCUUCCAUUCUUUUAUGUAUAAAGAAUACACUGAUAAUCAAUUCGACACACCGGAGGGUUCAGCUUUGAAAAAGCAAAUUAAUUCCUACCGUGCUUCUUUAAACUUAACCCAAAUCCUUGGUUAUGCUCCAAAAUCAUUUGCUGCAACAUCUGUCCCCCCAAAUUCUUCUCGGUCUAUAUACUACUUUUAUCAAAACCACGUCCUGCCAGAAAUAGUUGUCAACCCGGAACGUUCUUCUGUCCCUAGAUUAAUUGCCAUCAAUAGCGGAGCAAUUCGUGGUGGCUUACAGCAAGGCCCAUUUACAAAUGAUGAAUUAUUCCAAGUAUCCCCUUUUCGACAAAACACAUUCGUUUACAUUAAAGAUAUACCUUCCUCUGUGGUUAAGAACCUGGUGUUUGCAUUAGAGGACUCCGGAUACUUGAGCGAGUCUGAGAUGAUGAAUGUAAAGCCGGACUCUUUUUCUUUCGCAUCUCUUAAGGUCCAUAAUAGCCUCCCCAUUAGGCCUGGAUACACUACAGAUGAUGCCUUUGGUGUCUGUGGUGAUGAUACACCUCAUAUGUCUCUUCCUUUUUACAAAGCUCCUAAUUACUUAUGUUCAGAGGUUUACUUAAACAAAACCGCAGAUGCAUUACCUGAAUCCGACUUUCCUAUGGAUGUAGUCACCGUGAACUUCGUUGUUCCAAGAAUCACUCCCAUACUCAAUCAUUUGCUAAGCGACAAAGUUAUCGACAAUAACGACUGGCAGCCCUAUUUUUACAGAGAUGAUGGUCGGCAUACUUUAACAGAUUUGCUUUUACUUUAUGCGGAAAAACACCGCUGGACCCAUUGAAGUCUUUUAUAAUGCACUAAUUUAUGACACAGAUACGACUUCAGCUUGCCUUUACUGCUUUUAGUACUUUUUUUAUCCGUAACUAAUAAUUCCUAUUCAUUAUAAAUCUCAGACGUUGUACAUAUAGUCAUGUUCCAAUCGAACACUGAAAUUCAUUUGAUAGAAUGUAUUCUCAUGAGCUUUCAUUAUAUCCUUAACUACAUUAUAGCAAAGGACACCUGCGUGUCAUUAUCAA